UCAAGUUGACGGGUUUCUCACAGUUUACUUUAGGUUGCUUUGGGAAAAACAUAUUACCCUGGAAUCGGGGCUUUCUGGGAGUAACAACUAUUCCUUCUGUUUAGUCUUAUCAAAUUGUGUAUCGGCAAAUUUCUGUUUCAUAUAUAAGGAGAAACGCCAGUGAUCAAUCCGCUUGCUACCAAUCAUCCAAAAGAAAAUGAAAAUCAUAGUACUUUUGAUAAGUAUUAGUGUUUGUUUGACUUCUGGAAGUAAUGAAAUUGGUUAUUAUUGGCUGGAUUACAACGGUGACAAAAUUCCAGAUAAUGCAUUGAAAAUAGAUGAGAAUGAUCCAAAUUCUCCGUACGUUGGCCAAGUGUACACAAAAGAAUAUGAACUUCUUCCUGCAACUAUACGUCCCACUGCUCCAUUCGCAACGUUCACUGCAUAUAAUAAGGAAUUGAGUUCCGAUAAAAAUAUCAAGAUUUUAUGCAGUCAAUACAAAGAAAACUUCGAAUGGGUUCGAACUAGCGCCCAAGUAUACAAGUCCCUACCAAAUUUAGUUGUUGGAGGAUUUGAAGUCGGUGGCUAUCAAUAUUUUGGGAGAAUCUAUAGAAAUGGCAGAUCAGUUUUGGGGAAACUAGCUGGUGCUCUUGCGUUACCAUUCAGAGGUCGAGAACAGUAUGUUUACGAUAAUAUUGAAGUCCUUACUUAUAAAGCUCCUCUUGAUGUCCGAAUUUCACUUUAGAAUCCGGUCCACCUAUAAUUUAGUUAGUUGACAUACAUAUAUUUUUUAGAUUUCCAAGUAUUCAUUGUUUCAAAAUCCAAUUGCCCCCUCGAACUGUAGAAUGAUAUAUAUUCAUAUAAACGAAUAAAACUUUCAUUCUUU